CCAAGGCCUGACUAUUUAUAGAAUGGAGGCGUACCGUGAAGAAGCAAGGCGCAAGCUUCUUCCAGAAGGCUACUCAGGAUAUUGGCAUCUCGGGCAGUUGUUUGUCGGCUGCUUGUUGGUCUGUCUAGUAUGCGGUGCUAGCCUCGAAUCGGUGACGCCAGUGGAAUGGGUAACUGUACCGCUCAUGUUUCUUUUAGGCAAUGGCUACGAAUAUGCUAUUCAUCGAUAUCCUGGUCAUUUUCGGUUUAAGUUUUUCACGUGGUUCUUUAAAAGCCAUACUGGUCUGCAUCAUCGGUUUUACACAUACGAACACAUGCAGCCGUCUGACACUACUGAUUGGUACUUCACUUUAUUUCCCAAUCGUGUUUAUGCUUCCGUUAUUGGGCUGUUUUCUCUUGUCGUCUUUCCUAUUUGUCGAAUCCUUCUGACAGCAAACGCAUUCCAUCUUGCAAUGAUAAUGGCGGCCGUCAACUUGGCUGUCUAUGAACUGUUUCACAGCUUUCAUCAUUGCUCGUUGCCACCACGUCUACAGUACUUUUUAGAUUCUUUGCCUUGUGCAGAGUUGAUUCGUCGUCACCACAGGCUGCAUCAUCAUCCUCGUCUGAUGAUCAAGAAAAACUUCAAUAUUACAUUUCCGAUCUUUGACUGGAUUUGUGGAACUCUAGCAACAAGUCUGCCCAGUUAGUGACUUUAGCGUUUACAUCAUGUACACAAUUACUAUUCAAAGUGUUUGUUCAUUAAUUAAUUAAUUAAUGGUCAAUUGGCUUUUUCUCAAACUUUUACUAAAUUCAUAAUACUGUUGUUUGAUUAGUAGCAACUUGUUGUCUGGUAGUCGAUACAACUAUUUUGUGUAAACAAGUCACGUAGUGUUUCUAUAGAAACGUAGAAUCAAAUAUGUACAUGUUAAUU